UUUAUCUGUGAAAGAUGUACAAUUAAGAAAUCUUGAUGUUCGUUAUUGUUUUAUACCUUCAAAUAUUUUUUUUUCAAUAGACAGCAAAGAAUAUGGAAAACCAAAUGAAGGAAGAGGUCAUUGCUAUGAAACACACCAUAUAUGCAUUACAAAACUCUCAAGCAGAAAUAUUGGACAAAAUAUCAUUAAAUAGCACGAGUAGAACUUCAAUGCUGGCUGUUGCCUCAAACAAAUUUACACAAUUGGAACAACGUGUUAGUCGAGUAGAGUCGGAUUCCAUUGACUAUGCGAACAAUCUUGAUAAUGUUACAAAGCAAAUGUACAAUUUGUUGAAGAAGGCUAAUAGAUUAAACACACUCGUAGCAAAUCUACAAAAAACGACGGCCUUUGAUAAUAAUAGUGAUGAAGAUGGUUCUUCUGAUCUUUUGAGUGAAGAUGGAUCUGUGUGUUUCUCAAAUGUACUACACAGAAAUGUACCCGGACAGAUAAACAAUACACCACCUAUGGAAAAUUGUGAAGAAAUCGAAGAAGAUUAUUCCGAAUAUACACAAGACAAUGAUAGUUAUAGCGAUGAUGACAAUAUCAAUAACUGUACCAACAAUAUGAAUGGUAGAUCAGUACAACUACUGACACACAAUGUAAUUAAUGAUAAAUCCAAUACCACCAACAACGAACAACUUGGAGCACAAAGCGAUUCGAUAAACAUAAAAGAAUCCAAUACCAUUCAUAACGAACCACUUGGAGCACAAAGCGAUUCGGUAAACAUUAAUGAUUACAAUAUCAUCAACAACGAACCACUUGGAGCACAAAGCGAUUCGAAAACCAUUUAUGAAUCCAAUACCAUUCAUAACGAACCACUUGGAACACAAAGCGAUUCGAUAAACAUGAAAGAAUCCAAUAACAUCAAUAACGAACCACGUGAAGCACAAAGCGAUUCGAAAACCAUUAAUGAAUCCAAUAACAUUCAUAACGAACCACUUGGAAAACAAAGCGAUUCGAGGAACAUUAAAGAAUCCAAUAACAUCAAUAACGAACCACUUGAAGCACAAAGCGAUUCGAAAACCAUUAAUGAAUCCAAUAACAUUCAUAACGAACCACUUGGAGCACAAAGCGAUUCGAUAAACAUUAAAGAAUCCAAUAACAUUAAUAACCAACCACUUGGAGCACAAAGCGAUACGGAAAUCAAUAAUGCAUUGAAAGGGGGUCGUUAUAAUGUUGAAAGUCAAUAUUCUACACUUUUAAACAGCAAUGAUGAAGAUAAUAGUGUAAAUGGCAAUGUUGUAGAUGAGAAUGAAACCAGACAAGACAACCUAUUGCGUACAUUGAGCAAGGAAGUUAGUAAAAAAGAUUUGCCUGAGAUUGAAAAUUGCAACAUUUCAAAAUCAAAAGGCAGGAUUAAUAAAAAUGAAUUAGGCUAUAAAAGUAGGAGCAAGCGAAUACAAAACGACAACCGCGUUGGCUUUUAUAACAAUCACGAAAGUUAUAAAGGGUAUACAGAUAAAAGCAAUAUAGAUUUUCAAAUAGAAAAAAAUAGUGUACCCAAUAUAAAACCGUCAGCACACAAUAGAGUAGACGAAAGAACUAUGAUGACGUCAGCAACAUCGUACAAUUUGACCAGGCGAGCAAGAAGAAGAGAAAGAGAUGAAGACAUUUUUAGUGAACGACUGUUUAGUGAAAGUUAUAGUGAUCAACCCCAAACUCUAAGAGAAUGGUAUCAUUAUUUCAGACAAGUGAAAGCUUAUGCUUCAGCUAGAGUAAGAUCCGGAGUAGUCAAACAAGCAAAAGGGACUGAUGUUAUUUUGGUGAUAGAUACAUCUGAACGGAUGUCGGAGUGUUUCCAACGGUUGAAAUCAGUUGCUUUACAGUAUGUUUACGGAAUUGAACAGCAUGCAAAACAACACAAACAAUGUUGCGGGAUGGGAACUGGAAUUGGUUUAGCAGUAUUUGGCCGGGAAACACGUCUUAUACAAGAAGCAACUAGUGAUUAUGGAUUACUUGUGGAAUUAAUUGGAAAGCUUAGGUCAGGUGGAGAUGCACCUCUCGUGGCAGGACUUCUGAUGGGUUACGCUGGUGUUUCGUCAUGCUUAGGACAUAUUAUCAUAGAUGUUGUAAUGACUGCAAGCAUGAUUGUUUUCACUAAUGGAUCGUCAGAACAGUCUAAACGUUUAUUACAAGAUGUACAAAUUCCUAAUUUGGAUUUGAGUAAUCUUCCGGUACCAUCUGAUAUUACCGGGGUCAUCGACGAAAUAGCUGCAAGGAGUACAAAGAUAUAUUAUGUCCCUAUUGGCAGACAUCAGGGCAACAAUAUUUUAGAACAUGCUGUAAGACAAACUAAUGGAAACAUCAUUCAAGUUAAUGAAAUGCACCGCUUGAUUAAUAUGCCACAGGUUAUUAAAAUUGCAUUACGCAUACUAGCUGAUAAACGCUUUUCCGAAAACCAAAGCACAGAUGUCAUCAGGAUGAAAAUAUCCGAAUAUAUGGAUGAUAUUUAUGACGACUGUCUAGAAAUGGUAAAAGAAUUCAGCAACCCUUUAAAAAUGUAUAAAAAGCGAGGUUAUUUUGUGGAGUUGACGUUUAACACACUCACACUUGGAGAUAGAGUAAGGAGAGGACCGUACUGUGGAUGCGGAAAUGAAGAAGAUUUCGGUUUUGCAGGCACAGUAUUUGGACAAGAUCUAGACGGUAUAAUGGUAGAAUGGGAUCAUGGAUUAAAAGCUUCUUAUGACUAUGUUGACGGACGGGAGUUACAGCAUAUCGUAAAAGUCAAUGAAGUUAGAACUCUGAUCGAUGAACCGAUAGCAGUUGGAUGCAGGGUUGUCAGAGGCAAGGAUUGGAAGUAUGAAGAUACUGAUGGAGGCCGAGGAACGUUUGGAACAGUAUUGAGUAUACUAGAAGAAGGGAAAUCAGUGGUAAGAUGGGACAACAAAAAUGUAGACAUAUACAAAAUGGGAUAUGAGGGACUUUUUGAGAUAAAGUUAAGUAAUAGCAAUUCCUUACAGAACGAGGAAACGCAAAAGUAUAACAAGACCCAACAACGGUUGAAGACAAGAGAAACUUGGAAACACCACAAUGAUUCAAAUACAAUCAAAUCAAAUGAAUGUGAUACAGAUGAUUACCUUAUACCUAUAUAUUCAGAUGUAGCAGUCAGCGCUAUUUGGGAAUACAAGAGAGUUUCACAAUGGACAAAAUAUCCUUCCACAACAAAUGUUAAGAUUGAAAAAGCAUACCAAAGGAAAAAAUCAGGAAAUAUCAUUAUCGAAAUGGAUCGUACAACAUAUAUAAUUCAUUUUUCGAAAAUGGUACAAGAAAAUGUUAAAAAUAAAACAGAACUGGCUGUAAGAAGGAAAGAUUGAUACUUGGUACUACGCCGAAAAUGAACUUUACUUUAAAAAAAAAGAUUAUGCUCCAAGUGCACAUCCUAGUACAGCAGCUAAAAAAUCCUUCAAAUUUAUAAUGUUAUUUAGACUUAAACAAAUUAUUUAAUUGUAAUGCAUUAGUUCAAAAGGAAUAACAAGCAAAGUGUUAUUCUUGCUAUUUUCAUUUUGGUCCUGAUUGUUAAUAUUCUUCCUUGUAGCUUUUGUCAUCACACAAGUGCUUUACGAGAAUAAUCUUAGUUUACCUUAAGUGUCUUGUUUAAUUUAAUUUUCAUAUAAGACCUGUCAAUUAUUUUGCGGACGACUUAUACAAAACAGUUUUUCCAUCCAAAAAUAUAAUAUGGAAGGUGAUUCGUACAAAGGAUGUUUCGGUCAGAAACAAAACAAAUUACAUUUUCUCAACAGGUUCAUGCUGUUAAUCUUUUGAUUUGAAACACAUGUGUACUAAACAUAUGGAAUUAUCUGGACUCGAUUGCAAUUACAUGUAAAAUUUAAAAAGAUGCAAUGUGAAAAGCUAGGGACAAGAUGUGAACAAAGCAUUUCAACCAAUGUUGGUUUCCAAUCAUGAAAACACUUUACCGGAUAGAUAUUGGUUAACAAUUUCCAAAUAUCUUAUCGACUUACAAUAAUUUCACAAUAUAGAAUACACUACUU